GUCCGGAAAUAACCUAACUGACCUAACAAUUAAUUAAGAAAGGUGGAAGAUAUAUUUACUCUCUUCAUCUGAAAGGUGGAGAGCAGGCAGGAAGUCUACUUGAUGGAUAACAUUGAAACAGAUUUAGAUAUCUCCUAUCCAUCAGUAUAAAAUAGGCAAAUAAAUUUUUUAUACUUGGUCGAGAGAAAAAAAGAGAGACUUUAAUACAUUGUUUUAUAAAGAACAAAAUAUAAAUUUGACAAGUAUGACAACACGGGAAAUUUUGACCAUUCAAUUGGGUCAUUAUUCGAAUUUUAUUGGCACGCAUUGGUGGAAUCUGCAGGAAUCUAAUUUUAUGUACGACCCGAAGAAUCCAUCCGAGAUAAAUCAUGACGUACUAUAUAAAGAAGGUGAAAACAUGCGAAAACAAGUAACAUUCACGCCAAGAUUGUUAAUAGCAGAUUUAAAAGGAGCAUUAGGUUACCUGAAUGAACAAGGUUCUUUAUAUGAUACAGAAUCUUCAGACAAUCAGCUGCUAUGGGAUAAUACAAAAUUAGAAGUUACCAGCGCCGAACCCAGUCCAAAAACACCUUUUAUUCAGAAUUUAAAUAAACUUGAUAGAGUAGUGGAUUCAGAAAAUUUCAACUUUGAAAGCGAUGUGAGGUCAUGGGUUGACUUUCUUUUACCACAAUUCCAUCCAAGAACAGUAAUGGUUAUCAAACAGUAUUUACACAAUUGUACACAGCGGCCAUUUAAUAUAUUCACGUAUGGACGCGAUCUAUGGUCUACGGAACAAUUCUUUGACAAUUUCACAGACAAAAUACGAUUAUAUGUAGAAGAGUGUGAUUUAAUGCAAGGAUUUCAGGUGCUUAUGGAUUCUGAUGAUGGCUUUGCUGGUCUUGGAGCGUCUUGCGUUCAGCAUCUACAUGAUGAGUAUGGAAAGAGUAUCUUGACAUUUCCAUGUCUUGACUUUAAUAAUGCCGAACCUAGUGCAUCGGACUUAGUUAAAGUUGUCAAUACAGCAUUAUGCUGGCAACACAUCGGAGAGAAUUCAUCGCUUUAUAGUCCACUUUCUUGUGGACAAGUUGGUUGGCCAUUCGGAGCUGAUUCACGUAAAUUUGAGAAUAUAACAUAUAAUCCAGAGCUAAAAUAUCACAGUAGCGCGAUAUUAGCGACCGCUUUAGAUACAUUGAGCUUGAGAUAUAGAACUAAGAAGUAUCCGAGCGCCAGCUUAUCCGAUUUGUGUGCCGAUUUGAACAAACUAGGUCGCAAAGCUGCGGCGACUAGUCUGAGCCUGCCGUUUCCUAUGAAGAUGAAAAUGGAUUUAAUAGAUGUAUUAGAUGAAUUCGAAGGCUCUCUAUGGACAAGCCUAACACCAAGCUGCGAUAUACCAAUGGAUAAUAAUAUGCAAAGUAUAGUGUUACGAGGAAUUCCCGAAGACAGAAUAAAGCGACCUAUUCACGAAGCUAGUAAACAAAUGUCCAAACCAGCCUACAGAUGCUCCAGCGUACAUGAAAUGAUGACGUUGUAUCUGGCAUGUACAUGUCAUGCAUCAGCUACAUAUUUAUCCAACAUUGAGGCACCGUUGAAAAUUGCUUUACCAUAUCCAAAGAUCUUUAAUAAUAACGUAACUAAGGAUGGGAAUAUCGCCGGCUGGCCUGUAGGAACCGAUGUUAACUCGAUUGCAGUAAUGGCUGGAAUGCACAGCGGUAGUAAUGUCGCGGCAAUGUACGAAUCUCUACUUAAACAAACUAAAAGGAUAAGAAGUAUCAAGAAAUUCCAUGCCUUUACGGAUUCCGGACUCGAGGAAGACGAAUUUAUGGAAUGUAUUCAUAAUUUAACAGAUUGUAAAGAGGCAUAUGAAGAUUAUUAUAUCUAA